UCCGCCUCCAACCACUGUUCUCCAACGUGUUGUGUUCCCUUGGCCUUUCCUUCCCCGCUAAUCAAUGACUUGUUCUAGUCCAACACUCCAAGGAGAGAUGGAGAUGCGGAGCACCAUCAAAAAAGAAGAGAUGGGCCAGCCGCCGCCGUCGUCGUGGGAGUUCCACGCGACGGGGCCUCGCAACCUCUCCAACCCUGGCUGGAGGGACCUCAUCCGCUCGAGCUGGAGAGAUCCAAACUACAGAAGAAUUGCAAUGUCAUGCUUUGUGCAGGCUGCGUAUCUACUGGAGCUGGACAGACAGGAGAACAGAGCUGCUAAACAUGCCCUCGCCCCCAACUGGUGGAAGCCAUUCAAAUACAAGCUGGUGCGCCCUCUGAUCGAUGCGAGAGACGGAUCCAUAUAUGGGGCACUUCUAGAAUGGGACCAACUUGCUGCUCUUUCAGACUUGAUAGUGGUCAAGCCUCAGGGUGCUCCAAAGGCUGUCCUUGCUCUGAGGGGAACGGUGCUUAAGCAGCUAACUGUUGUGAGAGACUUGGAAGAUGACUUCAGGUUCUUUGCCCGGGAGAGCUUGAGGGGUUCUGUCAGGUUCACUGGUGCUCUGGAAGUGCUGAAGUCGGCAGUCAACAAGCAUGGCAGCAACAAUGUGUGCAUUGCCGGGCAUUCCCUGGGGGCCGGCUUUGCUCUGCAGGCUGGCAAGACUUUGGCCAAGGAUGGAACCUUUGUGGAAUGCCAUUUGUUCAACCCACCGUCAGUGUCGCUUGGCAUGGGCCUGAGAAAAAUUCAGGAGAAAGCCGACAAGGUCUUGAAGCGAUACAUCAGUGGCAGCUCUUCAAAUGCUGGCGAAACUUGUGGCCCAAGGGAGGAGCGAGAAGUCGUCUCUGAAGUUGGAGAAGAAAAGCUGAUCAAUGAAGUAAAGAGAUGGGUGCCAAACUUGUAUAUAAACAGCUGUGAUUACAUUUGCUGUUUUUAUGCUGAUGGUAGCGGUGUCGCAACUGUUACUACCGAGAAGCACAAUGGUCAUUCAGAGGCGCGCUCCAAGCUGUACAUAAGUGCCAAAGGACCAAGGAAGUUCCUUGAAGCUCACGGGUUGCAGCAAUGGUGGUCGGAUGAUUCAGAGCUCCAUCUGGCCGCACACGAUAGCAAGCUCAUGUAUAGACACCUCAAGUCCCUUUAUGUCGAAGAAUCAUAG